GGUCUCCUUUCGGGCACUGAUGUAAUUACUUGUCAUCGACCUUGCAUUGACCACCACAUUCUAAGUCGUGCAAGGUGUCGAGCUCGUCAUCGACCAAUAUGGAGGCCAUUCUAUCCAAGCUUAAGGCCAAAGCAGAUAUUGCUCCAGAUAAUGCUUUACUUCGAGACACCAUCUCAUUGUUAACAGACUUGCACCACAACGAAGCAAUUACUCAGCGCGUCACUUGGGACAGUCUUAUCCGGGAUUUCCAACGGCUACAGGAUCAAGGGCUAUGGGACAUAUCCGAAGAUAACGAAAAACUUUUGCAUACGCUGCGCAGUUUAUUGACUACUCGACCGUCCAAGGGAUCAGACCGUACACCCGCCACUGGCAAUAUAUUAGCACCUUCUCAUCCAGCGAGCAAAGAAUCUUUUUCAAUCAUUUAUCCUGAUUCUGAAUCUGCACCGUCCCCCCUCAUUCCGACAUCUGAUCCAAUAUUACUUCCCCUAGAGCUGGUAGAAAUUCUCAACCGCACAUACUUCCAUCACUUGCUUGCCACAGAUCCAAAGCGCGUUGUCCCUCCAGGAAAGUCCCUCAUUUCAAUGCUGUCUGGCUCACCCAAAGAAGGCGACGCUGCAAAACCUACAUUGCGCGACAAGGUUGAGGAUCUCGUGCAUAAAGCUUUCUGGGAUGAGGCUGUGGAAUCACUCUCAAAUCCAGAGCCUUCUUGCCAGCUACCGCGCAUUAAAUCGCUGUACCAAGACCUUCUCAUUGCACUGACACCUCUUCUCCCAUCUCAGAGUCCUGUCAUUACCACACUUUCCUCACCGUUACCUCCGACGUCUUCCCCACUAGAUUCAGCUGUCAUGCAUCUGCGUGAGGUUGUAACUUCUCUGCGCAAGCGUUGCGCGCCAGUCCAGGACGAAGAACUCGAUGACCUUCUUCGUUCACUGGACGAACCUCCCCUCCGGUCAUCGCGUCCUAUCUCAUUAGCCAUGCUAGUGGUAGACACGGUAAAGUCCAUACUCAGGAUCUCGGACAUUAUGAGAGAACAGCUCUCCCAGUUCGUGUUGGGAAGCAUGACUGAGCAGCAGCUAAAGUCUAUGAUAUCUAAACAGGCAAAAACCAAAGAACGCAAAGACAUCUUGGAUAUUUGGAAGUGCUGGCGGAUAGAGUGUAUUUGGCCGGUAUGGCUUGGGGACUAUCAACCGUCUUUUCAGGUCAACGGCGUCGCUGCUGAGCCACAAUUCAAAUGGAUCAUGCGACUUGUACUGGCGCUAGGAUCAUCGACUCCCAUAUCCUGUCAAUUACCAACCAGAGAGCCACAAUCCCAUGAGAACUCCCUUCCACCGAUUUUUUUCUUCUCUACUCCCGCGCUACUCGAAAUUCAGAAUUACCUACAAGCACUCGUGAUAGCUGCUUCUCUACGCACCUUAAUUCGUGUGCCUCAAGGUGCACAAGGGAACGACGCGAUGAGCUUCAUGGAGCGGCUGUGGAUCCUUCUCAAUGCCGAAAUCAUAGAAGAACCAGGUUCAGGCGACACAAAGCUUGUGAAUCUUGCAGAUGAAGUCGUUCGUGCACGCCAGCUGGAUGGCGCCACGCUCUCUGGAGAGGAAGAGACCAGGCUUCGCGCGGCUGUUGCUCGCACACUCAACCAUAAUGAUCCUGUGUUUAUGCUACUACAGAAACGGAUACUGAAAGCGUUGGCUGAUGCACUCAGGCAUCAACGGUCGGAAUCUAAACAAGCUGGAGCGCAUACGGGACCACCCAGAAUGCAGACAGGGCAGCAUGGCAAGCGUACUGAGAAGCGAGCUCGGAUAGCGAUAGUCUUAAAUCCAGAAGAAUUUGAUGCGGCUCAUGAUGCAGAGACACCGGUGCAAGGUUUCGAAGAUGAGUACUUGAGGAAGGUUGCAGAAGAAGUGUUUGUAAAAGUAGAUGAGUGUGUCAGGUGGGUGGAAGGUGUUUGGCAGGAUGUACUUCAGUUAGGGGCUGUCGACCGUUCAAGUUGUCUGACUCGUCAGCUCCAAGUCAAGUCUUUGACCGUCGAGGAUUCAUCAGCUUCGAGGAGGGUGAAAUGA